AUGGUUUCUGCAUUUAUUCCUCGAACAGAAAAUGUUAUUGGAUAUUCACUUUCAUAUGUUAAAUUCACGCAUUUGGUGAAAAAGUAUCCAAAUACUCUUAAAUGUCGAUGUUCGAAAAUUGGGAUUGCGUAUGAAACCUUUGUGAAAGUUCAUGUCAAUUUUCAUCAAGUAUGUUCAAGUCAAUUUAUCAAACAAGAUUGGAUUGAUUCUAUAUCUGUGGAAAGAAAUACGAUGUCAUCAACUACAUCGGAUAUUCGAUCAUAUUUUAGUUUCUUUUGGCAAGUAAUUGAAGGCUUUUGCGUUGUUAGUAAGAGUACAUGGAUAGAUGCCAUAGCAAAUUUUAAUGCAUCACGUGUUCUCACUCCGAUGGCAGUUGCUGAAGAAGUUCUUCGUAGUCAAGCUCAAGAAGAUCUUAGAAAUCAUAUUUCUAUAGCUCAAACAAAUAUGGCUCAGAGUUUACUUGCUCUUCGACGAACAACAGCUGGAAAUCAAUUUGUAUCUGGAUUGGGAACCAACUUUUAUCUUCAUUAUUGGUCAUCAAGCUUGGAAUACUGGAAUAAUCCGAAAAUGUCACCUGUAGUAUUCAACAAUUGCUCCUGUUUGAAUAUUAACGGAUGUCCACGUCCAAUUUUCAUCAGUACGAGUGAAGAUCAAUCAGUAGCCGUUCCAGGAAUGAUAAUCGAUUGUUUAAUUGUUGAUGCAACGCUAGCUUCUACACUAGAAUGUUACUAUGAUCCAACAUGUUUUCGUCUUUUACAUAAUGAAUCAACUGCAACAGUAAACUUAUUAUUAAAAGACUCAAAUAAAUAUUUUCAAGUGAAUUCUACUAUACAAAAUCUCCUCGAUUAUUUAAUGAUUGAUGAGUUGAAUACUGAAAUUAUGUUCGAUAAAUUUUAUGAACAAUGCAACCCUGCUUAUUGCAUGUACUCAUAUACACAUCAUUUUUCUACAUUGUUCAUUAUUACAACAAUAAUUGGUAUUUUUGGCGCAUUAUCUUUUAUUUUGCGUCUUCUGGCGCCAUUUCUUGCACAUGUAAUUAUUCAUUGGAAAACCAGAGGCGCUUCAAAUGAAUGUAUUACAGAGAAUGCCACGAAUUCGGCAUCUAGACGUAAGUGA